UGACGUAGCGGUCUAACCAGGAAGUCCGGCAGCAGCUGCGUGGUUCUCCCUCUCCACAUGAUGAUUGAUCACCGGUGAUCACAGCUGCUGGGAUCGAUUCAAGGCAGCAUACAUGCGGGGCUGCUGAUCCUGUGCUGCUGACGGAUGACUGAGCCUCCGUGAUGGCAGCAGGCAGCUUGAGUUUCAGUCACGUCUGCGCCCUGGCCCCCAUGGUCCGGGUGGGAACCCUGCCCAUGAGGCUGCUGGCCCUGGACUACGGAGCCGACCUGGUGUACUGCGAGGAGCUGAUCGACAUCAAGAUGGCCCAGUGUCGGAGGGUAGAGAACGAGGUUCUGCAGACGGUGGAUUUCGUAGCUCCAGAUGACCGUGUGAUGUUCAGGACGUGUGAGAAGGAGCUGGGCAGAGUCGUCUUCCAGAUGGGGACCGCCGACCCGGACAGGGCGCUGACGGUGGCUCGUCUUGUGGAGAAGGACGUGGCUGCCAUCGACGUGAACAUGGGCUGUCCAAAGGAGUACUCCACCAAGGGCGGGAUGGGAGCUGCUCUUCUGUCGGAUCCUGACAAGAUCGAAGCUAUUCUGAGGAAGCUGGUGACGGGUGUCUCUGUACCAGUGACGUGUAAAAUCCGAAUUCUUCCUUCGCUGGAAGAAACCAUCAGUCUGGUCCAGAGGAUCGAGAGGACCGGCGUCGCCGCCAUCGCCGUUCACGGCAGGUUUAAGGAGGAGCGGCCUCGACAUCCCGUCCACUGUGAUUACAUCCAGGCCGUCGCUGGGGCCGUCUCCGUGCCCAUCAUUGCAAACGGGGGCUCUCUGGACCUGGUGAAGAGCAACGCUGACGUGAAGGAGUUCAUGCGGGCGACGGGCACCUCGUCCGUCAUGCUGGCUCGCGCUGCCAUGUGGAAUCCAUCCGUGUUCUGCAAUGAUGGGCUGCUUCCUGUGGAGAAGGUCAUGGAGGAAUACUUGAAAUACGCGAUCCGGUACGACAACAAUCCCUUCAACACCAAGUACUGCUUGUGUCAGAUGCUGAGGGAUAAGGUGGAGUCUCCUCUGGGGAAGCUGGUGCAGGCGGCUCAGACCAGCGGGGAGAUGAGCGAGGCGUACGGGCUGCAGGAGUUCUACCAGCAGACGCAGGAGCAGCUGCAGGCCCGGAGGGACGCCCUGCAGAGCAGCAGCCAGCCCGACAGGCCCGUCACGGAGGGGGACGUCACCACCAUGGCCGUCAAGUUUGAACGGAGGAACUACCCCCCUCAUAUCACCCCGAAGAUGUUCCUGCUGGAGUGGAGCCGCAAGGAGAAACUGGAGCAGCCGCUCUACAAAACCGUGCAGCGCGAUCAGGAUCGAGGCUUUCAGUCCACGGUGACGGCGGCCAAGCAGAAAUACAGAUCCUCACUCUGGGAGAAGUCAAAGAAGUUUGCAGAGCAAGCGGCUGCCAUCGUCUGCCUGCGAGUUCUGGGAGUCCCAGAGGGCCGUAUCGGCGAGGAAGACUCGGGCCUCGUCUGCAAGAGGAAGAGGGAGGGGAAGAUGAACGGCAGUGCAGAGGAAGACACGAGAAAGAAGCUACACGUAGCUGACACCGUACAGGAAACGGAAACUGCAAAGGCCCCGCUGGUGAUCAAUGGUGAAAAUGGAAACUCAGCCACGCCUCAAGAAACAACCGUAAACACGGAGAGGAGUUUGUAAAAAGUGCUUGAUUUUAUUUAGACGGGGGAUUAACAGAUGUCUAUAAUGGAUUUUUGUUUGAACUGGAGUUAAAAUUUCAAGAGUGUUUAAAAGCCUUUUAUUGUCAUGUUUUCACAAUGACCUCCAUCAUCAUCGUUUCUUCUUGGCAAAUAUGCAACAAAGCCCCCCCUAUAGCUGAGAGUUUUCCUCCAAAACACAGCUCAGCUGUUACCGUUUUGGUUUUGCGUUUACAUAAUUUCAUGUAAAUUGGGAUCAGGCCGAGUCGAGCUCUCCCGCCCUCACUGUUCCUGUUUUUUAUUGUUUAAUAAAGGAGCUGGUGGCGGCCAGUCCAUCUG